AUGGGAUACAAACCGUUCCAAUCGACCUACUACGAUGCUCGCAUGCGGGCCUCGCCGGCUCUGCUGCGAGCUCGAGCGCCGUAUCUGGUUAAAAACACAAUCACCGGCUUUGCCAUUUGCACGCUUGUCAUUGGAAUUUACACAUAUACAAUUCGAGCCGUUUCUCAGGACGAGUUCGACGAUGUUAUUGUACCCGACGAGCCCGUGAGGCGACCUGUGCAGCAAUCGACGACCCAGGCAGUGCAGCAGGUUGUCGAUGCAAGGAAAUGAGGAGAGCUAGAAACUGUAUAUUCGUGUACGAAUACAUGUAUGCAUUGGGCUGGCGCUAUGGAAACUCUUGGGGAAAGACAAACUGCUCUCUUUGAGCGAUCUUUAUUGCGCAUAUGUGCUUUGUCUCAAGACUCGGGUUGGCGGCGUAUGUUCCCUCCACCAUUUCCUGGCCAGUGACCCGCGUGCCCCUCCAGACGGCAUGCAUACCCUAAGCAACAGAUAUCGAAAAGCACAUCUACUUCAAGAUUUCUUCUUCAACUUGGGACUCCGCGAUGAAAGAGACCAGUCUUGUCCAGCAUCUUAUCCCAUACCACAACCUGGUUCGCACAUAGUCCUUGCCUGGCUGUACUAGGUCCUGUGCUAGGUUUACAGGCCAAUACUGCGUGAUCUAUCGAUGGUAUAAGAAACAUAUAUUGUGCCUUCGUUAGCUACUAAAUACCAAUCUGAAUCUUGAGACGGC